AUGGCAGUGUUGGUGGUGGUUGGGAUUAUCUUAAUGAUGUCAGAGUUUGGAACUGCACAGUCGAACGACAGUACCAGUACUACACCCAUUAGAUUAUCCUGUGGGAGUAACGCUGCAAUGUCUUCAUCAAGCUUUUUCAGUAACCUUAACAAUACAAUUGAUCAACUCAGAAGUCAAUUAUUGAAUAACGAUGUAUUUUAUGCCAGAGCACAGAAUUUGAGGAAUCAGGACUCGGUGUAUGGAUUAGCUCAGUGCAGGAAUUACCUCUCCACGGCUGACUGUGUGGCUUGCUUUGAUGUUGCCGUAUCUGCAGUUGAAAGCUGCUCAUCUGUUAAUGGUGCUAAUGUCUUUCUCGAUGACUGCUUUCUCAGGUACGAGAACUUUGAUGAAUUCUAUGACAAUCCCCAAACAACCAUGGAUGUCGGUGUGGCUCCAACUGGGAUAUGUGGCAAUCAGUCAGCAUCUCAGCCAACAAUUUUUAACCAAACAGUGGAAGAACUUUUAUCAGAUAUUCAGAUUGCUGCCCCAAGAACUUCAAAUUUCUAUGUAGCAUCCACAAGGCAAGUCUCAAGUAGCAAUGCAACAAUAUAUGCUAUUGCACAAUGUGUUGAAAAUACAACCCAGGCCAUUUGCCAAAACUGCCUGGAUACAGCAUAUAACAAUCUCUAUAGUUGUCUCCCAAGUAUGGAAGGAAGGACUAUCGACUUGGGGUGCUUUAUGAGAUACUCUGAGACUCCAUUUUUUCAAGAUAACCAGACAACCAACAUCAUACCUUUCCUCCAUGAAGGGGGUUCAAGCAAAUUAGGUAUGAUAGUUGGAGCAAGUGUUGGUGUAGGUAUCUUUAUGCUUAUCCUUUCUUCGUCCUUUUGGUACAAACUACGGAAGAAGCCAAAAAGCGAUGAAGACGCAACUCAGUUACAAGGGGUAAAAAAUUACAGAUAUAAAGAUUUGCAAUCGGCAACUCAUAACUUCAGCGAAGAGUAUAGAGUAGGAAAAGGAGGCUAUGGUGAAGUAUUCAAGGCAAUUGUAGAUGAUGAGAAUGUAGUGGCGGUGAAGAAGCUUCAUGUAACUUAUGGUAAAGCAACUACAGAAUUCAACAAUGAGGUUGACCUUAUAAGCAAUGUACGUCACCGAAAUCUUUUGCGACUACUUGGAUGGUCUAACAACGGAUCCGAGCUACUACUUGUCCUAGAAUACAUGCCACAAGGCAGCCUUGACAAAUUCUUAUGGGGUGAAAAAAGAGGGACUCUAAAUUGGAGACAACGUUUUGACAUUAUCUUUGGGAUUGCUAGGGGUCUUGCUCACCUACACGAAGAAUUCCAUGUCAAAAUCAUUCAUAGAGAUAUAAAGUCAAACAACAUUCUCCUUGACGAUUAUUUUCAACCAAAAAUUGCAGAUUUCGGGUUGGCUAGGUUUCAACCUGAGGAUCAAUCUCAUGUUAUCACCCGGUUUGCUGGGACUUUGGGAUACACUGCACCAGAAUAUGCAACCCGUGGACACUUGUCAGAGAAAGUUGACACCUACAGCUUUGGAAUCGUGGCCUUAGAAAUCAUUAGUGGCCGGAGGUGUACUGAUGUCGAACUGGAUGGACUUGACAACCAUUACCUCCUUGAACAAGCAUGGCAGCUGUAUGAGAAAGAGAUACACAUCGAGUUGAUUGAUGAAACAUUAGAUCAAAAUGAGUAUGAAGAAGAGCAUGUGAUGAAGAUCAUAGAGAUCGCUUUGAUGUGCACUCAAUCACCUGUUACUUUAAGACCAAGCAUGUCAGAAGUUGUUUUGAUGUUGUCCAUUGGGCAAUCAUUGGGACAAAAACAGAUAACCAGGCCUACCUUCAUUCAUCCUGAUAGGAGGGUUCAUUUAGAUACCAAGGAAUUACAGAAGAGGUGA